UCAAUAAUUUACUCGAUUACAUUACAUAGAUCAGGAAGCCAAACAAAAUGGAGGGGACAAAGAUUGCCAAGAGAUUUGAAGGCAAGGUUGCCAUUGUGACUGCUUCCACUCAGGGCAUUGGCUUCACCAUUGCUGAGAGGUUCGGCUUGGAAGGUGCCUCUGUUGUCGUCUCUUCUCGCAAACAGAAAAAUGUAGAUGAGGCGGUUGAAAAACUCAAAUCACGAGGAAUCGAGGUGUUGGGUGUUGUUUGUCAUGUGUCAAAUGCACAACAAAGGAAGAACCUUAUAGACAAGACUAUUCAGAAAUAUGGUAAAAUAGAUGUGGUCGUAUCCAAUGCUGCUACUAAUCCAUCUGUUGAUAGCAUUUUGCAAACUCAAGAAUCUGUCCUGGAUAAGCUGUGGGACAUAAAUGUCAAAUCCUCCAUACUUAUCUUAAAGGAUGCAGGUCCUCAUAUGUCCAAGGGUUCUUCUGUGGUCAUUGUUUCCUCUAUUGCUGGCUACCACCCACCAGCUUCCAUGGCUAUGUAUGGGGUGACUAAGACAGCCCUUCUUGGACUUACCAAGGCACUUGCAGCUGAGAUGGCUCCAAAUACACGUGUGAACUGUGUUGCUCCCGGUUUUGUACCAACACACUUUGCCUCAUUCAUUACAGAAAAUGAUGCCCUUAGGAAGGAGGUCGAGGGGAGGACUAUGCUUAACAGGCUUGGUACCACUCAAGACAUGGCUGCUGCUACUGCCUUUUUGGCAUCUGAUGAUGCUUCUUAUAUAACAGGAGAAACUCUGGUGGUGGCAGGAGGGACUCCUUCGAGACUCUAGAUCCCUUUCUAUUUU